AUGACCACACUGAUCACGAUUCCCUCGGCGAAGGCCCUGCAUCUCGCCGCGCCCGGCAGCGCUCCUCUCCCGCUCUCGACGGGAGACCUGACGCUCACCCUCAUCCCCGCCAACCCCCCUUCUCACCCGUCCGAGACGGUCACUCUCUCCGUUGGGUCAUCGUCCUUCCCCCUGCUGCCCAUCAGUCCGCUCCAGCGCGUCAAGGCAAAGGAGGAGCACCCGAGCUACCUCUUCACCCCGCUUCCGGUCGAUGGGGGGGCACCGAUCGGGCAGGUAUUGAUCCAGAUGAGUGCCAGCACCAACCAAGGCCAAUGGGACGCGACCGAGGCUAUGUGCCAUAAGCUCGAGGCAGAGCUCAAGAGCCGUAACUUGUGGGACGAGAAGAUCCACUUUGUCAACGACGAGUAUGAUACCGCCGGCGUGCCCGUCAAGGGCUGGGGAGAGACUGUCGCGGGGGCUGUAACUGGUGGAGCAAGCUUCAUUGCUACCAAGAUCGCAAGUAUCGCCGACUCACACGUCGGAUCAACACCCGCCAAGGUCGGUACCAUCCCCUCACGCGACACAGCCGGCGGCGCCGCAGCUGUCCGAAACAUGACGGCGCGUUUCGACGACAAUGCCCACGCGACCGCCGCCAAUGCCGGUCUCAGGGUCAACGAAGCGGGGAAGGAUCUCGCUGCGCAGCUGCCUGAGGGUGUGCAGAAGCUGGGGGAGCCGACGCCCGAGUAUCAGAAGGGUGAACUCCGGAAGAUGGCGGAUGAGGGAUGGGAGCAGGCGACUAUUGCGGCCAAGGGGAUCGCAGGGGCCGUAGGGAUGGUCGGGAAGAGCUUGAGUGAGAGUACGCAUCGGGCGGUGGAGCACAACUUUGGCAAGGAGACGGACAGGGUGGCUCAGGACAUUGGCCAGGCUGGCCAGAACAUUGGAUCAGCGGCUCUUUCAGUCGGCACAGCAGCAAGUACCGCUGUUCAUGGCUCGAACACGACCACUGUGAAGCCCCCGGGAACCCUAUAG